UGCAUUACAAUUAUACAGGUCUUCUUUUUCUUUCCUUUGAUGUGGGAGUUUGAAUUAAUUAGAUGAUAGAAAAUGGCGCUACAGGUGGCUUUCUUUAUAUUAGUAAGACAUACCUUCCUUGAAACAGAUGUACAAAUUCAAAAUUUACCGCCUGGCGGAGCGUGGCAGACUGCGUGGAUAGAAAUAAUGUUCUUGACGGGAAUUACGCAUGUAUUUGAGAGACGACAGAGACACACUGUUAUCUCAUUCGUAUUUCCCGAUAAUAUUUGCUGUAGAUAUCAUUAUUCAGGAGAAUAAUGAUAUCUACAGGAUAUUCAGGAGAAUUGCCACCGAGUUAUAAAUGAGCGCGUCCCGAAGCAUUGGCGCGCAGCUCACGCAGGUGUCGAGAGGCAAAGUGCCGACAGCUGAGUUGAGCGACAGCAGUACUGCCUCCAGAGCCACUGUGAGGGUAGUGUGUUUGCUGCUGAGGAACCUCCUCCACUGGGCCUGCUUGUGAUGUGAGAACACGCCGAACUUAAAGGCCACAAAAUGACCACAAACAAAACCUGGAUGACGGAUUACCCAGAGGAGGUGCUGGCCUGGAUGCGACAGAGAGAGGCAAAACACCUAAAUUAUAAUGGAAAGUCUCCUCAGUUGGCUUCAAGAGGAGAGUUGGUGGACCUUAUAUGCAUGGUGACGGAACAUCUGAAGCUGAGUGUUGCCACCACACAUCUGGCAGUGCAUCUCCUGGACCGGUUCAUGGAUUCUCACUUCAUUUUGGAAAACCAGUUGAAGCUCACAGCCCUCACAGUCAUCAUGUUGGCAGCAAAAUUUGAAGAGAAGGAUGUGAAUGUACCAGGAUAUCCAGCUUUGAAUGCCUUGGUAGAAAAGCAGUACACUGUAUCUUUCUUCAAUAUGAUGGAAAAAUUCAUAUUAAACUUUUUCAAAUGGAAUAUAGACAGAGCGUUUAUGCAGUGGCCGACCUCCCUGGUUGCAGCUGCAUGUGUUGCUUGUGGUCGGCUCUCAAGCAACUUUGAACCUAUCUGGUCAGCCACCCUGGAGACCACCACUGGCUACACCAUCCAGUCUCUUUCACAAAUAAUGGACCUUUUCCUGAGGAUGUAUAGAAGUGAGAAGAAAAAUAGUACUUGUAGCACCCCAGAGUCUGGAUAUGGCAGUCGGUGCCCCAGCUUACAAGGGUCUCCGUAGCUAUUGGGAUAAAAAACUAUAUGUACGUAUGUCUUCAAUUCACUGGUGGCUCUGUGAAGUGGAGUUGAUGUGCUGCUAGUCAUGCUUCUGCUGUGGAAAUGAUUGAAUUUUCUGAGGCUUGAAAUGUUUAUUUACUUUGUAAGAAGGCUGUGUGGUGCUUUUUGUGUAGCUUUGUAAAUACUGUAAAUUUUAGGAGAGUAAGAAGAAAAAAGCUGCAAUAAUUAAGGCAGGAAAGUGUCUUUCUCAAGUUAUUAUGAAUGGAAUUCUAAAAAAUUUGUAGUGACACUCACAAGAGAUCUUAUGGAAAUGGUUGAACAUUUGUUUAGCUAAGAAUUUUCAGUUGUUUUAUGAUAUACAAGUUUAUACUAUUGAAAAUGGCUCAGGGAGUUAAUUUUGUGUGUGGGAUACAGCAAGACACAGAAGGAGGAGAAGCAUGGAAAUUCUUGUACCAUUUCUUUAGGUCUAUCUGGAAUAUCUUAAUUUUGUUCAUUUUAUGAGUUAAUAAGGAGAUCUAUACUUCUUUAUUAUUCCCUGAGAUUUGUAAGCUUAAAUGUUACUGACUUCUUAUACUACAGUUUGAGAAUCCUGUACUCAAAACUUCAAAAUCCAGAAACUUUUUGAUACAUUCAAGUUCUUAAGUGCUGAUGUGAUGCAGCACACCUGUGAGAUUUGGAAUUUUACAAUUUAUUGCAAGGUUGCCUUUCUUUUGAUAUUUCCAUUAGUAAAAUGUAAUGUAGUUCCAAUACUCGAUGAUCCAGUUAUCUUUUAGAAGCCAUGAUAAUUUUUCUGUGUAAGUCUCCCUACCUUAUGAAUGUGAAAUAGACAUGCUAUGGGGUGGAACCAAAUAUUAUGGUGAAGUGUUUGCCAAGAAUGCUCUGUGGUAUUGCCUUGCACCACACUCUUAUACCUAUACUUUCUGCCAAGUAAAGCAAAAGAUAAAAAAGAAGAAGAAAAAACAUAAGUUGUCAUAAAGUGGAUCACAUUUAUCAUAGCUGUCUAGUUUUCCAAAAAAAUAUUUUAGUUUUCAAGUAUUGAUGCUAUUUGAUUAUGUUAUUCAUAAUAUAUAUUGUGACAAAAAUUGCCCUUAACAACAGUAUAUAGCAAUAUAGUGAUCAUGGUAAUUCUAACUUCAAUUGACUGCAAGUUCACAUUCCAGGUGUGGUGACAAAACAUGUGUACUUGACUUUUGCCUUACUUGCAGUAUAGAAUAGCCAUUGAUGCUGUGAAUAAAUGCAUGUGAAGAAGUUGGGGGCUUGAUAAGAAAUGAUGAUACAAUAGCUGUCUUGUCACCAGUUUAUCUGCUCAAUACCCUCCUUCUCUUGCCACCAUUUCCUGUGCUGGCUAGCUCUGCUGUAAGAUUGGCAGUGAAGUGAGCAUUUUCCUACUCCCACUAUCAUGCAUAAUGCAAUAUUUGCUCUUGUGAAAUUAUUAUCACAGUUAGUAAUCCAAGGGGCAGGGUGUGAGCAGAGGUACAGUAUGAUCGUGGUAACUUGCAUAUGCCUUGAGGAAGGACAGGUACAAGAGAGAUACAGUGGAAGAUGGGGAUUUCGACCAUACUGUGGGGGAUGUAAUUAGCAGUGCUUCCUCUGCUUUAUCAUAAAUGCCAUUGCAUCAUAUUUGUAUAACAUUCAAGAGGCAUAGUAAGACCAACACUUGAAAAUUAUUGUGUAUUUUUGCAACAAGGAAGUUUGGGUUA